AUGACUACCAAUAUACCUCGGAGAGGUCUUUCUCCGUCCAAUCCCGCGCCAACGAAUGUGAACCUCAGGACAUCCAGCUCAUCUCAAAGCUCCUACCAACCGAUGCGAGCCGCACCACGGGCAGUCUAUCGAAAGAAUGCGCCUGACAAUGAGUCAAGUGAUGCGUCCAACGACAAAAAUGCGGUUGCGUUGAUCCGCCGCGUGCUUUGCUCGGACUCUUCCUAUGGGUCCAACACGCCACGCCCUUUGCAGGACCUCCUCCCCCCUUUGACGAGCUCCAACGAUGUCGAUUUGCAACUUUAUGCUCUAAUAGCGAUUAUCGUCAAGGAAUUCGUUUAUUCCUGGUACGCAAAAAUUACGCCAGAUCAUGUAUUUAUCGACGAGGUACUGCAGCUUAUUGCGCAUUGUACACGGGCGCUAGAACAGAGACUUCGUCAGGUAGACGUCAAACAACUCGUUCUCGAUGAAAUUCCUGGUCUGGUUGAAGCACAUAUAAUUGCAUAUAGAACUGCGAGUCAAGGAUCUAGCUUGGUCUCCAUUCCGUCGUCAACUCGUGAUAUAUACCACCAGCUAAACCCUCACCCCGGUCUCUCGCCAUCUCCAGAUCCUUUGAGUGCUUCAGCUCAUCCGGAAAAGGAAGAAAACGAGCGUUUAUAUCGCCAUCUACUCGCGCAGGGCGUCCUGGCUGUGCUUCUGCCGACUGAAGACCUAGAAAAUGUCUGCUUGCGGACCUUGGUUGAAGAUAUAUUAUCGGACUUGUUGCUUGGGAAUGAAGUCAGUGGAAAGAUAUGUGAAGGCUGGUUUAUCUGGACGGCAGUGAGCAAAAUCAUCGAAACUGUGAGACGGCGAAAUAUAGAGACAAGUAAGACUACUCGGCCCUCCAACAAGGGAGGGCUCGGACGGUUGGAAAAAUUUGGCUUGCUCUCGAAUGAUCAGCAUGACGACGGCUUGCGGGCAAAAAGCCAAUCAGCCAUGUCCCUAUGGAUGUGGAAGAUGCUCUACGCGGCCUAUCUUUUCUACCUUGUCGUUCGUUUUGUUGUAGGGGGCCUAUUCCAUACAGCAUUGUCACCAGCAGAACCUCCAACACGAGAGACGGCAUCUACGGAACAGCUCAACCCAGUCAAGCCAAUACAAGCACCCCCGUCUCGCCCAGUGCUUGAUUAUCAAGCUUUUAGUCUGCUGUCGCAAUGGUCUGGUCUCCCACUGCGUAUGCCAUGGCUGAGUGGCUCAUUCUCGUUAAUCCAAACUUUGGUCUUGACGGGCCCGGGGAAGUUGGGUGAGGCGAAUAGCGUUAUCGAUCGGUAA